AGCAAAACAACCCAAAAAAAAGGGUUGAAAAAAAAAGUAAAGAAAAAUUAAGACAGAGAAGCCAAGACGACAAGAAAAAAAAAUAAGAAAAAGAAAAUUAAAGGGAAUUUUCCAUAUGGAGAGAAAAAAAACUAUGAUUGAUGGCCGACGUAUGUUGUCCCAGACAAGCAAUAACUCAUUUGUACACAGCCACAAUGGGGGUGCGCAUUUUCGGUAGUCAUGGUAGAUCCUCCUCAAACCUGGCGCGUGUCCUGCACUCUUUGGUGGGAAUUCUAGGGCUCUCGUGCCAAUGAUUGGGUAGACGUGCUCUCUGAACAGCGGUCUGAGCAUAUCAUUCGUUUUCCAACUUUAAAAGCCAUCAAUUGUUCUGGCAGCUGGUGUGAUACCUCGCAAGGGAUGAUGCCAAGUGUGGUGGUUGCAUCCAUACCAAUUCGAACUGGAACAAUACAUUGGGGAAAUUGGAUCAUGUGGGCACGGAAGCUUAUCCUUCCUGCUGCGACUGACAGAGUCCUUGCUCGGGAUUGGCCAAUGUGUGUGGCUGGUGACGUUCUUUGCUGCGCCACAUGUCAGCCACAGUUGGGCGGUGAUUGUUUGGCUGUUUAUCGGGUCCCAACCAUUGACGUGGGUAUUUUCUUAGUCGCAGCGUUGAUAGGAUGUGGCUCUUGCUGUAUCCGAUGAAAAAAUGAUGAAACUUUCGCCUGCCCUUAAGGAAGCGAACUCUCCUCCUUGUACAAGGCGCUUGAGAUCCAUGUUGGUCAUAUAGAAUAUUUCAGAUGCAUAGUUUUAUAUGUUAAGCACUUGAACGAACAUAUUUGCAAUCUCUUACUCUGGCUUCUUUCCACUACCAUCCACUGGAGGUAACCGAGCUUCAACAGCUUCAAUAGCUUUUCCGGGGUAGAUCUGAUCUCUUCCAUCACCAACACAAAUAUGAAAUGGCAAAUAUGCACUACAUCAUAAUUGCCUUCCGCUUCAUCCGGAACGUCAGUUUUGAUAUCCCAGUGGAUGAGAUCUAUGUUGGGAGGGACGGCUUUGAAUGGGAUGUCGAAACGGUCCAGUUGCACCGAUGGCGGAAGGCAG